GGUCACAGGCAGCGUGGAGCAGCAAAACACACACACACACAGACAGACAGACAGGAGGCAGCGGCUCUUACUGUGAACUUCUCCUUGAACAGGCUCCAGACACACAGCAGACAUCAUAGAGUUCGCUCCUCGUCGUGACGUAGUUUUUUUUUUUUUAAUUAAAGUUGCGUCAGAGGGCAGCGUCAUUUUUUUUGUAGCUCCAAUGACCUCACGGGGCUGCACAGGUGUGUUGACGGGCUAAUUUGUUUCGCUUCUUCAUGGAGUCGUCCUGUCUCCGGAGCUGCUGGUGUUAACUGAACAACAACAUUCAUGGAGCUCGACCGUGUUUCUGCGGCUGGAAGCGGCGGGAGUCUGUCGUCGUCCUCCUCCGGGUCGCACACCUUGUCGGAGGGAGAGGAGGCAACAGCUGCCCGCCGCGGACUGGCUUCUGGAGCCGGAGAGGUGAGCCACAGCUCGGACACGGACAGUGUCGACGAGGCGGAGGACGAUGCAAACACACCGGGAGAUGAGGAGGAGGAGGAGGAGGCAGCAGGGGAGGAAGAGUGUGAGGAGGACGAGAAGUUGGACCACAUCCUCUACCCUCCCUCCUUGUCCUUUCAUAAGUCCAGUAACCCGGAGAUAACUCAUGGGUUAAGUCCUGCUCUCAAAUUUAAACAACAUCUUAGUGAAGAUGGAAGAAAUGUGCGAAGAAGGAGCCUUGGGGGCGGUCUCACAGGAAAGUAUCUUUUGCUACCCACACACCCUCAGCAGACUCACACAGCAUGGCAGCUAUCGGCCGAGAUCUCUAACCUGGUCCGCAUGUGCUCCCUGAAUCUCGGAAAAUCCGACCCAUCCCUCACCUCAAGCCUGAAAGAGCUGAGUCUACCUAGAAGAGGCAGUUUCCUCACUCCCCGAAGCUUGAGCCCCACUCCCACUAGCCCUUGCAGCCCGUGCAGCCCUCUGCACGCUUUUCAUUUCUGGAGCUGCAGAACGAGCAACAGAAAAAGCCUGAUAGGAAGCGGUCAGUCCUCAGGUUUACCACGACCUCACUCACCUCUCUCAUCCCUUACAGGAACAAGCCCACAAGACAGUCCAAGAAAUUUCUCCCCGAGUGCCUCUGCUCAUUUUUCCUUUGCACGAAGGACUGAUGGUCGCCGCUGGUCUUUGGCCUCCCUCCCAUCCUCUGGAUAUGGAACUAACACGCCCAGCUCCACUGUCUCUUCAUCCUGUUCAUCACAGGAGAAGCUGCACCAGCUGCCCUUCCAGCCUACACCCGAUGAACUGCACUUCCUCUCCAGGCAUUUCUGCACUGAGAGCAUCACCGGGGAUGAAUGCCGCAGAGCAACAGCAAUGCGACCCCGCUCACGAAGUCUCAGCCCAGGAAGAUCUCCAUCAUGUUACGACCAUGAGAUUAUUAUGAUGAAUCACGUCUACAAGGAGCGGUUUCCUAAGGCCACAGCUCAGAUGGAGGAAAGGAUUCAGGAUAUCAUCCGCAGCAACUCUCCAGAGAGCGUCCUCCCUUUGGCAGAUGGCGUGCUCGGCUUUGCCCACCACCAGAUAAUUGAGCUGGCCCGUGACUGUCUGGAGAAGAGCCGGCUUGGACUCAUCACCUCCAGCUACUUCUGCGAACUCACUGACAAACUGGAGAGGCUUGUUCUGGAGUCCACAGAAAGAUCUGACAGCGACGAGGUAAACUUCAUCCGAGAGCUGGCGAAGAAGAUCCUCAUCGUCAUUGCCAGACCUGCGCGGUUACUGGAAUGUCUGGAGUUUGACCCAGAGGAGUUUUACCACCUUUUGGAGGCUGCAGAGGGGCACGCCAAAGAGGGCCAGGGCAUCAAAACAGACAUCCCGCGUUACAUCAUCAGUCAGCUGGGACUCACACGAGAUCCACUGGAAGAAAUUGCUCAGCUGACCAGCUGUGACAGUGGGAUUGCAGAAACCCCAGAAACAGACGACUCUUGUCAGAGCCUGAGCACAGCCCUGCGGACACGGAGAAAACCCUGUGAAUUGGACUUUGAGAUGACAAAACUCAUCAGCAAUGGUGCCUAUGGAGCUGUUUAUCUGGUUCGGCACAAGGAAUCUAAGCAGCGCUUUGCCAUGAAAAAGAUCAACAAGCAGAACCUGAUUUUAAGGAACCAGAUACAACAGGCCUUUGUGGAAAGAGACAUCCUCACCUUUGCUGAGAACCCAUUUGUAGUGUCCAUGUACUGCUCCUUUGAGACUCGCCGGCACCUGUGCAUGGUUAUGGAAUAUGUGGAAGGGGGAGACUGUGCCACCCUUUUGAAGAACAUGGGUCCUCUGCCUGUGGACAUGGCCAGGAUGUACUUUGCAGAGACUGUGCUGGCUCUGGAGUAUCUGCACAACUAUGGCAUUGUCCACCGGGACCUUAAACCAGACAAUUUGCUGGUUACCUCGAUGGGCCACAUCAAGCUCACAGAUUUUGGGUUGUCUAAAGUUGGGCUGAUGAACAUGACCACUAACCUGUAUGAGGGUCAUAUAGAGAAAGAUGCAAGAGAGUUCUCCGACAAGCAGGUGUGUGGAACACCUGAAUAUAUUGCUCCCGAGGUGAUCCUGAGACAAGGCUAUGGGAAGCCAGUUGACUGGUGGGCGAUGGGAAUCAUCCUCUACGAGUUCCUCGUUGGGUGUGUGCCUUUUUUUGGAGACACGCCGGAGGAGCUGUUCGGACAGGUCAUCAGUGAUGAGAUAAACUGGCCUGAAGGAGAGGAUUCUCCACCUCUGGACUCUCAGGAGCUCAUCACCCUGCUGCUCAGACAGAACCCUCUGGAUCGGAUGGGCGCAGGUGGAGCUGCUGAAGUAAAGCAGCAUCGUUUUUUCCACAACCUGGACUGGAACGGGCUGCUGAGGCAGAAGGCUGAGUUCAUCCCUCAACUGGAGUCUGAAGAUGACACCAGCUAUUUUGACACUCGCUCUGAGAGAUACCAUCACCUGGAGACAGAGGAAGACGAUACAAAUGAUGAAGACUUCAAUGUGGAGCUGCGACAGUUCUCCUCCUGUUCUCACAGAUUCUCGAAGGUUUACAGCAGCCUGGAUUUGUCUCGUGGGCACCUGGAGGAAAAGGGAGAGACGGAGGAGAAGAAGAGUGAGAGCCCACUGACUGUGGACUCUCCCAGCUGGACACCAGACUUUGCUGAAAUGCCCUCGUUGUCCCACUCGACAGACACAGACAAUAUGAAUCAGGGCCCCCGCACUAGCUUGCUGCCAAAGUUUGCCAUCUCCGCUGAGAGCGAAGGAGAUGAGACCUCAGGCAUUGGUGACCCCAGCAAGACCUCCUUCUCCAUCGGAGAGCUGCCACAAGAUGAGCCUGAUGUUACAACCCCAGGCAGCACCCACAGUGGAGCCACGCUCUCUGGUAGCUUCUCAGAACAUCUGGACCAGCUGACACCCAGAGGUGAAGAGGUGAUGAGCCCUGACUGUUCCAGUCAUGCCUCCGCAGACCAGGGUGCUCAGAGCCGCUCCCUGAGGCCGGAGAGCGCUGCAGAAAAGACCGGAGCUGUGGCUAAAGUCCCGAAGUCUGUGUCAACUGGGACCCUCUCUCUGAUGAUCCCCGGAGAAAUCCUCGGGGUGUCUCCGCUGGCCAGCCCCCUGUCCCCUUACUCCCUCUCAUCAGACCUGUCCUCACGAGACUCCUCUCCAAGCCGAGACUCCUCCCUCUGUACCACCAACCCACGGCAACCCAUCAUCAUCCACAGCUCCGGGAAGAAGUUUGGCUUCACACUGAGGGCAAUCCGGGUGUAUGCCUGUGACGGUGACGUCUACACUGUCUAUCACAUGGUCUGGAAUGUCGAGGACGCUGGACCUGCACAUAAAGCAGGACUUAAAGCUGGAGACCUCAUUACUCAUGUCAACGGAGAACCAGUCCACGGUCUGGUCCACACCGAAGUGGUGGAGCUCCUGCUCAAGAGUGGUAGUAAAGUGGCCAUCUCCACAACCCCCUUCGAGAACACGUCAAUAAAAACGGGUCCAGCCCGGAGGAACAGCCACAGAAGCAAGAUGGUCAGAUGUGCCAAGAAACCCAAGAAGGAGAAAACACCAGAAAGGCGUCGCUCCCUGUUCAGGCGUUUUGCCAUGCAGCCCUCUCCUCUCCUGCACACAAGCCGCAGUUUCCACUCUCUGUCAUCUGGUGAGAGUCUCCCCGGCUCCCCCACCCACAGUCUCUCCCCUCGCUCCCCUACCGCUGCCCUCCGCCCCACACCAGAUUUCACCCAGUCAGGUGGCAACUCCUCCCAGAGCAGCUCUCCCAGCUCCAGUGCUCCAAACUCCCCCGCAGGCUCUGGCCACAUUCGUCCCAGCACGCUCCACGGACUUGGCCCCAAGCUGCCGGGUCAGCGGCUCCGUCAGGGGCGCCGCAAGUCUGCUGGUAGCAUUCCUCUUUCUCCUUUGGCUCGCACACCUUCACCCACCCCCCAGCCGACAUCACCUCAGCGCUCACCCUCUCCCCUUCUCAGUGGACAUUCUGUUGCCAUUUCCAAGAUGAAUCAAGCCUUCCCCGCCAAAAUACAUUCCCCACCAACGAUUGUGCGACACAUUGUACGCCCCAAAAGUGCUGAGCCACCUCGGUCACCCCUGCUAAAGCGAGUCCAGUCUGAGGAGAAGCUGUCGCCCUCUUACACAGGAGACAAGAAGCACCUGUGUCCCAGAAAACACAGCCUGGAAGUGACCCAAGAAGAGGUGCAGGAUGAGGAGCUGAGGCCUGGGGAGCGGGAUUACACCAUCCUGCACAGUGUGGAAGAAACUGCCUGCGAACCACAAGCAGUCACCCGUGUACGGCCUGUUGAGCAGGGCUGCUUAAAGAGGCCAGCCUGCCGCAAGAUGGGCUGGCAGGAGUCAGUAGAGGAGCUCGACAAGGACAAACUGAAGUCCAAGAUAGUUGUGAAGAGACAGGAGUGGUCCGAGAGGAGGGAGUCGCUACAGAAGCAAGACGCCCUGCGAGAUUCUGACUCAUCCCCCUUGUGUGGUGAUAACAGGGAUGAAAGUUUUUUGGUCAGAGUUCAAAACAAAUGUCAGAGCAGCCCAGAGUGUGGCCCUCUGGAAGCCAAAGGUGCCAGCACCGCCCUUAAAGACGUUCUGUAUAAGAAACUCAGCACACGAGUCUCCGAGGGCCUCGCUGAACCGUGUGGUGGCUGCGGUGAAAACGAAGGAGGACUCCGAACAACUCUCUGCUCUAUUCACCCAGAGUGGCAGCACUGCAGGCAGGGUAAAGACAAUAUGAAGCCUGACAGACUGGACUUCAAAGCUCCCAAUAUCGAGUUCACCAGGAAGAGAUUGUCAUUCGAAGAUCGAGAAGAUUGCAUCUGUCGACUCUCUGCCGGCAUCCAUGAGAACCUCCACUUUGGCUCCACCAGGUCAAAGAGCCUCCAGCUGGACACAGCCAUGUCACACGAGCACAUGAAGGCAGCACUGGGCAGUGUCCACUCCAGCCCUGAAGGCCUAACCCCAAAGCUGUUUUCCGGUAGAGGAGAGAGUGCUGUGGAAAAACUGCAGCUCAUCUCCUCGGCAGAGUCUCCCCUCCGAAAGACAUCGUCUGAAUAUAAACUCGAGGGACGCCAUGUCUCCUCUCUCAAACCUCUAGAGGGCACCCUGGAUAUCGGCCUGCUCUCUGGGCCCAGAGUCUCCAAAACAGAAACUUGUUUAUCCAAGAUGACGGAGAACACAAGCGACUCUGUUUGUGCAAGUCCUCCAAUUUGGCUCCAGAGCCCUACUGAGAGACAGUUAACCAUCCCUCAGUUCAAAACUGCAGACAAGCUGAAGAGCCCCCUGACAUGUUCCCCCAGCCCUGAAGCUGUUUCUUCUCUAAAUAGCAUAGUUGUCUCCAAAGAGCAAUCAAAUAAUACGCCCUCAGAGGUUAAAACAAGCAGAAGUGAUGAGAAAGCACAUGACAGACACAGUGACUCACUAAAGGCUCCAACCAACAAAGUGGAGGCCUCAACUUUUACUAUUAAACAAGAGAGCAGGGCUGGUAUGAAGGCCACUUCAUCGCUGGCUCACGAACACAGAGGUCCUCGGCACAGCUCCCACUACUCCUCCUGUGGAAAAACACCGUCCAUACGGGAAGUCAGCAAUGAAGAUCAGGAGGAUGAAGUGGAGCAGCAGGAGGUCACAGCACACACAGCGUCACAUAGUAGUGCCAGCUCAAAGACAGUCGUCUCUUUCACUUCACCAAAGCCAGAGGUAAAAACUUCCCCAGCACCCGCACAAGUGGAGAUUCCAGCUGCAGCUGCCAAUGACGCAUCACCAGUCUCACUGAAGCAGACUAUUAACUCCGGCGUGGACACAGUUCAGCGUCAGGGCUGCGAGAAACAACCAGAUACAACUACACAGCACAUGACCUCUGCUUCGAUGGUUAAUGUACAGAACAAACCAGCAUCUGCACAUGUUCCUGAGAAUCUGCUUUCAAAACGGCAACAGCCGAAAAUCUGUUUAUCAAAUCCCGAGCCUCAGGUCUCUCUCACAACUUCUGCAUUCACUUCAGGCUCUGUACACGACAAGAAACCCUCCGGUUUGAAACCAGAAGCCCAGGACAGCUGUGAGAGACCCGUUAGUAAGGACACUGUGCAGUCUGUCAAAGUGGUCGCUAACACAGGAAGCUCAGGCUCCAAGAAUGAAAUCAACAGAUGUGCCACGGUUUCAAAAGUGUUGCUUAAGAGAGACGUUGCUACAGUAAACGCCUCGUCACAAAAUGUUGCAGAAGUCCCACUGAGCCUGAAUAAAAAGGAAAACACUGUGAUCGUUGGUCAAAGAGAGAGCAACAGCACGUCACUGCAGAAGAAAGACGAUCCUGUACCAGCAAAGAUAAAGAGCGUGAAAGAUUCAGAGCAGAGUCCUAAAAACUGUCCAGCUGUAAAAACACUACACAAAUCAUCUGAUUCAGAACACGGCACCUUUAAAAGAGAGAACACUGUUAUCAGUGUGAAAGAAAACACUGCGUUUCUUUCAACCAAACUGAAAAGUUCCGCUUCAGCAACUGCAACUGGGCCACAACCUGCUCCACACGGCGCUGUGAAGACAGAGAGGGAGUCGAAACCACUUGAUGUGAAACCUCACAGUGUUGCUGCUCCUCUCUCCCUCGUAAAGGUCAGUCCAAAUUCAAAACAGAGACAUCUGUCUAAAGAGUCUGCGCUGUCGACUGCAAACGUUCAAAUAACCCAUGACGCCAAACGGAAAGAAGCCUCGCUGCCGUCCGCCGGAGCAGACGUGAAGCGGGAGGAACCGGCGCAGCUGACGCAUUCUUCCACUGCCGCCGACAUGAAGCAAAGAGAGGCCCAGCCCAAAAGCUCUGUAGCAACCACAGCUGCUAUAGGAAAAGAAAACACUGACUUGAAGCCAAAAUCUCUCCCUCAGAAAACUGUCCCUUCGUCAUCGACUCUUAAGACUUCUCCAGCACAGUUUGUUAAACAAAGUCUUGAUUUCAAACAUAAAGACCCCUCACCCAAACACCAAGCCCCAGUGGUUAAAGACCAUCACGAUUCAAAACCAAAAGACGUUCACUCCCCCCAUGCUGCUCCUCCACAUCAGCAGCAGCAGCAGCAGCUCAGGCGACUGUCAGAUGUUUCCUCUCAGCCUCAUCCACCGCCUGUGCUGCCAAAACCUGCUGUGAAGAAGGAAACGCCUUCGCCGAGCAGCGGAGCCGCCUCAUCCAGGCUCUCCACCUGUUCAGCCCAGGAGACGGUAGCCAAGAUAUCCAAAGCUGACGUGCUCAAACCAGACAGUCACAAGGGCCUAGAAACCAGAACCGCCACCCCUGAUAAACUGGCAUCCUCCGGCCGCAAGGAGCAGGCUGACAGGAAGAAAAAAGAAACGGUUCAAGAUGUGGCAUCCGUGCAGAAAAACACAAAACGAGACACAUCCAGAGCCGCUCCUGCCGCACAGAAAGACAGUUCAGACAAAGAUGGCGGCAGGUGCAAGCAGCAGAAGGAGUCACCACGUAGCUCCAGCAACAAAAAGUAAAAAGCAAGGAGAAAAACAGCAGCUGACGUUAUCAGCUCACAGAAUCCAGAUGUAAUAAAAUUUUAGAAACGGUUUGAACAAACAUCA